AUCUUUGCGUCCGACCUAUCAGACUUGUCGUUCCCGAUCACGUGACAAUGCGGAAUAAAGAUCGCUGAACAGUAUUUACAUAUCAAGCCAGACCGAUUCAUACUCAUCAUGACGAAGGCAAUGGUGGCAGAGUUGUUAUCUACCGUGUCAAAAGAACUUCGUGAACAAAUAUAACACUGCGAUUAAAAUGGCGAGUAUGGAACUAUGGGAGUCAUUUCGGGACAUGUUAGUGGAAACGUGUAUCGAGGCAGCAAGGAAGGUUGCAGGCAUACCUUUACCAAUAUGCUUAGCCAUAUUUGUCGGUAUACUGACGAUUCUACUCCUAAGAAUGCUUCACCAGGCGUACCUCAGCGGACCUGACAUAACCACAUUUACGAAUGCUGAAAACACAAGGCAUGGUAUCAGAUGUGACCAAGAUGUACACCAAGACGUAAUAGAUGCAGCGGAAUGGAUUCAAGAGGAGCCCCAUGCUAAAAUAAACGCGGCUUUAACAUAUACUAAACAAAACGUAAAGAUAGAACCUGCUGAGGUGGUAAACGCUAUAAGACAUGAAAUCGAAUCUUCUCAAAUUGAUGUCACCGAACGUGUCGAUGCGGCCGUAAUAGAUUCUACAAGAGAAGUCAAAUAUGCACUGAAUACUGGAUUUGAUUCUCUAAAAUUGAACAUCGAAUCUUCUCAAAUGGUUAUAACUGAGCAUCUAUGUACAGCAAUCAUAGACAGUACGCUAGAAAUGCACUCUACACUUAGUACAGAAGUAGAUAUAUUGAAGCAUUCGAUAGAAUCAACCCAAAUAGAUGUGACAAAUAGCAUAGACAAUGCAGUUUUUGAUGGGGUGCGUGAAGUAAAGUAUUCUAUAAAUACAGAACUGGAAUCAGUGAGUCGUAAUAUCAAAUCAGUGAAGAAUGAAAUAAACGAGCGUAUUGACACUGUAUUAAUGGAUGUGGAACGUAACAUCAUAUCGCGUAUUGACUCGAAGUUUGAAUGUUCUGAAAUAAAGCAAGAGGAUGAAUACGCUAAAGAAUGUAAAGAGUUGCUGCAUCGCUUAAAACAGCAUUACCAGGAUACGUUAUCCAAUGUGCCCGUUUCCCCAUUGGUGCAAAGUCACGACAUGAACAUUUUGGAAUUCUUUGUUCCACCAUGCGUAAAACGUAUCUUAUGCAAGAAAGGUGGAAGGCAACGACAAAAGUUUCAGGUUCACACAUACAGAGACAUGCUGUUUGUGGAAAACAAGAUUCAUCGGUAUGUGUACAUGCAAGGGGAACCGGGCGUUGGGAAGUCUACGUUUAUGUCCAAGUUCGUGCUAGAUUGGAGCAGAACAGUGGUUUUUGAAUCACAGCAUGCCGAGACAAACGUUUCUUUUGGCGAUGUGGACACCUUACAAGCUUUCAGAUUCCUCUUCCACGUCUCAUUGAGGGAUUCGAGGGAGCAACGUGAAGUGUUGGAAAUGAUAAAAGAACAAAUUAUCGAUAGAAUAUAUUCGGGAGAUAGACGUGAAAAAGCGUACAAACUUAUUGUAAAAAUAUUAGAGACAGAGACUUGCUGUGUGAACAUGGAUGGUCUCGACGAAUGGACUGAUUUCAAAGGAAAACUUGCUGUACCUAUAGUGGCCACUUGUUACCCUCAGUGCACUGUGUUGAUUACCACAAGACCCUGGAAACUGGUCGAUGAACGUAUCAAAGAUUCUCACAUUGACUGCCUUCUAGAAAUUGAAGGCAUAAAAGAACCAGAUAUGCUAAUAGAGCUGAUACUCACGAGUUUGCACCACGAAAAGCCAAUGGAAGCAUGUGUAAAAGUUAGUGAAUAUAUUCAUAAAUGUAAUUUAACAAAAUUCCUUAUGUCACCGAUUGACAACCUGAAUGGUAAUGAAACAACAGCUUUGAAAGACUUGCUAUUGACAAACAAGUCCAAUGUUCGUACCCUCAUAAUAGACAAUAACGCACUGCAUGAAAACGACGUACUGAAUGUCCUUGCAUCUUCAGCUGGAUUGAUCGAGACAUUUUGUUCAAUAGGUAAUCCCGAAUUCUGUAAGGCAUUGGAGAAUACAAAUGUGCAGACACUGGCUCUCACGAAAUGCAUUGCAUACUUGAUUCUUGUGCCGUUCAAUCGCUUCGAGACCAGGAGCAAACUGUGUCGAGUCUAG